AUGGCUCCUCAAUACCCAAAUAUCUCUUCUCGUCGCUCGAGACCACGGCAAGCAAGGCCGCCCUUGCGACCGUCUCGCGAAAGAAGCGACGCCGCUCGACGCCUCGGACAACACGCGCUGAGGUAUGCGGCGAGUAGAUACCCUCAACAGCGCGAGCCACAGAGCAGUGGCAACAGAAAUGGCCACAGUGAACAACGGGCAAGUCAGACAAACCAGCACAGCGAGGGUGGCUCAGGGAUCGGCCAGGCCGCCAUGAGCGUCCUGGUAGGCCAGCUGCUGGAGGAGGUAAUGGAUUACGUCGUGCGCCACAAUUUCUUCAGGAGGCAGAGAACCUCAUCACCUACAGCAAACAACACCACAGCCACAGCCACAGCCGCCACCCCUUCAAGAUCGGCCGAGCAGCAGCCGCAGGGGCAGCCGCACUUAGAACAGUCCCACUCCCAAUCCUCCUUCGAGGAGAGGCAGCGACGUCGGCGCCACAGGCGGAGCGAGGUGCUCAUGACCUCGCUGGACCGGCUCUCAUCCGAGCUGGAGACGACGUACGAUGCCCUGAUGAGGGUCAGCCAUGACCCCCGCGCAGCGGAAGUUACACCGGACGAUGAGCCGUUCAUUGCGAAUGUGGAUACUCUGCGGCGGGCCAUCACGCGAAGCCUAGCCAGGAUAGAGUCGAUCAGACACCAUCACAGGGCUAGCAGGAGGGCGUCUAGGAGUGGAAGGGCUACGAGACUGGGGUCGACGAUGUCUAGGGGUGGGUCUGAUGUUCGGUAG